AGCCAGAGCGCGUAUCCCAUAUUUUCCCGAGAAUGGUGUUUGCCAUGCGUUCCUGGUCAUUCAAUACCGAUUCAGGCACCAAGAGCGGAGGUAAGUUGAGUACUUCGUUUUUGUGAACACGAGCUGACCAAGCCGGAUCUUUUUUAGUAAGAAUUCGAUGGAGUUAAUGAUAUUAUCGGGACCCAGAUAGGGUUUUGUCCAAUUUUCCCGAGGAUGGUGUUUGCGAUGCGUUCCUGGUCGGCCAACACCGAUUCAGACGCCAAGAGCGGAGGCAAGGUGAGUACUUCGUAUUUUGUGAGCACAAGCUGACCAAGCCGGAUCCUUUCUAGUGAAAGAUCGAUGGAAAUAAUGAUAUCUCUAUUGGGGACGAAGUGGCUGGGGAUUAUGUGGGAACUGAGCACAUGCUCUCUGGAUUCCGUCGAUCAUUUGUUUUAGUCAUAGAAAUAGGCUGAAUCUCAAUGUGAGCGUCUUAUUUCUUGGUUAACAAAGGUCCAAAUAUGCCUAAUUCGGCAGGAAGAAGCUGGUGUUGAAAGUGAACCUAAAUUCCGACCAAAUUAGAAGGAAAGCUCUGAGAGUACUAUUGGCGUAUUCAGGUGGGCCCUUCUUUCAAGUGUUUUCGGGUCGAACUUUUAUUCCCAUGUCAAACUCGAUCCGCUGAUUUCCCUCUACAAUUUAGACAUACAGGAACUUUUCCAUUUACCGCUCUCUUCCAACUGUUCCUUUUUGCUCGUCCUGCAUAUUAUGCAGGUGUACAUUCUGUUAAGUACGGCCUAACAAGAGAGACACAGGUGCCCGUUGGUUUUGGUAUUGAUGCAAUUAAGGUGGGGUGCACACUGCGGAAGAAAUUUGGCUUCGCACAGAUUACGACUGUGGGCUUGGUGACUGCAUCGAAUGAUACCUCCCCUACAACAGGUGCAUGCAUACAUCAACACACACCCUUAAUACGUGUAGUAGAGAAUAAAGAUGUAAUAGGUUGACUUCUUUUUACAUUGAAAUCUCCGGAGGAACCAGUGCACGCCGAAAGUGACUGAUUCGAUGAACAUGAGAAUCACUCUUUGUUAAAUUGAAAAUGUUUCCACGAAUCAAAAGUACAAAGUCUUCAACCCUAAAGGACAACUACUUGGAUGAAUCACCGGGACUCACAUCCCCAAAUCCUUGUCUGAAGGUGAAAAUCACCGAGCUACAACCCACUGAGGACACUGGCCUGGAAAGGAAGAGAUCUUUAGGGAUACUGAUAUCUGAAGAGCAACCAGAACAGUCGGAGAUUUGGGAAACUUAUGGAGGAGAAGGGACUGGGAGGGCAUGAUCGGCUUUAUGCUGCAGUCCGCGAGCUCCUUUCAGGCAUCGACGACAUCGGUAAGCUUAAGAGGCAUGGCGACCAUCAUGCUGGAGAACAGGCCAGCCGCCUCAAGGAGGCAGUGAUGCUGCGUAAGCAGGUGGAGGAGCUGGAGGCCAAGGUGUCAAUGUUGGAGCGUCGUCUGAUGGAGAUGCUCUGCAUAAGCGAGGAUAGGCAUGACAGGACAAAGAGGGAAUUGGCUCAUCUGCGAGAGAAAGCAGACGUGGCGGACCGCCGGAUUGAGAACCUGGAAGCUGCUGUUUCCAGAUACCAGAGCAGGAUUGCAGUAGCUGAGGCAGAGAAGGAGAAAGCAGAAGAGAGGGCGCGUAGGGCUAGCAUCAAGGGAGAAACCACGAGCACACCUCGCCGGAGCCCUAUAGGAGCGCCCUAUAGGCCUAUGGCUCCAGGGAGUACCUCCAUGAGCUUUGUUCCUUCUCCUGGCGCUAGUCUUGCAGACUUGGAGGUGUGCGAGAAAGCGCUAUUUUUCCUGAACUGACCUCUUAUUUGGACUAUCUUAUAAUAAGAAAUUAAGAGUUUCUUUCCUAAAGGAUUCAUCCUGCGGAUUCGGUGUGCUUCGUUAGGAAAUUGAAUCCAAAUAGAGAUGGCUUCUCAUAUUAAUCGGAUCAUUGUUGUGCCCAAAAAUUCGAGUUAAAGAGUUUUUCUUGUGUGCA